AUGGAGAAGGAGAGCCAAAGGAGCGUAUCAUUGGUGAUGACGAUGCUGUUGUUCUUUAUAGUAAUGACUGCUAAUUUUCAAGGCUGUUUAUCUGCUGCCAGUCAAACACCCAUCAAAGGAAAGUCAACCACGCUUGAUAAUGAUCGCGUUGGCUCCUCUGUUGUCUUUCGUGUCACCGGAAAUGUUUAUCCUACUGGGUACUACUCUGUGAUUCUUAACAUAGGCAAUCCACCAAAGGCUUUUGACUUGGAUAUUGAUACUGGCAGUGACCUCACCUGGGUCCAAUGUGAUGCCCCUUGCAAAGGUUGUACUAAGCCUCGUGAUGAACUUUACAACCCAAAGAACAAUCUUGUGCCUUGUUCAAAUUCCUUAUGCCAGGCCGUCAGCACAGGAAAAAACUACAAUUGCGAAGUCCCAACUGAACAGUGUGACUACGAAGUCGAGUAUGCCGAUCUUGGUUCAUCUCUUGGCGUGCUGCUGUCAGACUACGUUCCACUACGAUUAACCAACGGCUCUCUUCUCCGACCAAGAAUUGCCUUCGGGUGUGGAUAUAAUCAAAAAUAUCUUGGCCUACACUCACCUCCUGACACAGCUGGGAUCCUUGGCCUUGGCAGAGGCAAAGCAAGCAUUCUUUCACAGCUAAGAACCAUGGGUAUCACAAAAAAUGUGGUUGGCCACUGUUUCGGUAGGGUAAGGGAAGGCUUUUUGUUCUUUGGAGAUCAUCUUUUGCCAUCUUCAGGAAUCACCUGGACACCAAUGCUACAUAGUUCCUCAGACACACUAUACUCAUCAGGACCGGCAGAACUUCUUUUUGGUGGAAAGCCAACUGGCAUAAAGGGACUGCAGCUUAUUUUUGACAGUGGGAGCUCCUAUGCCUACUUCAAUGCUCAAGUUUAUCAGAGUGUACUUAAUCUGGUAAGGAAGGAUCUUACUGGAAAGCCAUUAAAAGAUGCCCCAGAGGAGAAGGCACUUGCAGUAUGCUGGAAAACUGCAAAACCUAUCAAAUCUAUAAUUGACAUCAAGGGUUACUUCAAGCCCUUGACCAUAAACUUCACAAAUGCAAAGAAUGUGCAGCUGCAGUUGGCACCUGAAGACUACCUCAUUAUCACUAAAGAUGGUAAUGUAUGCUUAGGGAUUCUGAAUGGCAGCGAGCAAGGCCUGGAAAACUUCAAUGUGAUUGGAGAUAUUUUUAUGCAAGACAGAGUGGUGGUUUAUGACAAUGAGAAACAACAGAUCGGAUGCGUGGAUCGUGAAUAUAAUGGAGGUAUUUCUCAUCAGCCUUAUGCAGCCUACUUUGAUAUCCUAGAGGAGCGUUGUCCUGCAACCUAUGCUUUUGAGAAGGCUAAUGAGCUGAUUGACACACAACUUUUCAACAAAAAAUAG